AUGUAUGGUCCACUGUAUUACCGCAGACUGGACAUGGCAAAAACCGAUGCCCUAUCCCAAUGUGGGGAUUUUGAGGGUAACAUGGAACUGACACCCCCUGUUCUGGAAGAUAUAAAUUGGUGGAUGAACAAUAUUCACUUAUCAUGUUAUGUCAUUUACCAUGGGGAGCCCCACGCUACCUUAUACACUGAUGCUUCUACAACCGGAUGGGGCUGUGAAUUUCAGGGAACCCCCACGGGGGGAUCAUGGAGCUCAAUUGAGGCCCAACAUCACAUUAAUUACCUUGAAAUGUUGGCUAUCAAAUUAGGACUUAAAUGUUUCGAGGAAAAAGUCAGGCAUCAACAUAUAAAACUUAUGGUGGACAAUAUGCCAACAGUCACAAUUCUUAACAACAUGGGUACUAGUCACUCCUGGCAGCUCAAUGAGCUGAACAAGGAGAUAUGGACUUGGUGUAUUGAUCGAGGAAUAUGGCUGACUGUAGCCCACAUCCCAGGAAAAACCAAUGUAGUUGCUGAUAGAGAAUCUAGACAACAUCGAAGAGAAAUUGAGUGGACCAUUAAUUCAGACCUAUAUGAAGAGGGUAUAUGUAAGCUGGCAUGUGAUCACAAGAACCCUUCAGAAGAUACAGCAGGAUCAAGCGACAGGCUUGCUCGUUGUGCCUUUUUGGCCAACUCAAACAUGGUGGCCACCACUAUCAAGAAUGCUAAUACAAGCACCUCUAGUACUACCGAAAAGAAAGAACACACUGUACCUUCCUCAGGAUCCCAGUGCAGUGCACCCACUACACAAUCAGAUGUCUCUACUCCUCUGCCACUUGUCCGGCAACAUUUGCAGAGUCAGGGAAUUUCAUCAUCAGCUACCGACAUUAUCAUGCAGUCCUGGCGGACCAGCACAAGAGUCCAAUACAGCUCUUACAUUAAGAAAUGGUUGGAAUACUGUUGUAAAUGGCAAAUUAAUCCAGUUUCACCACCUGUAGCAAGUGGGCUCAACUUUCUUGCGGAGCUCUAUCACAAGGGACUCAGUUAUAGUGCGUUAAACACUGCAAGGAGCGCAUUGGCCAGUGUCAUCGCCUUACAAGGUAACCAGUCCUUUGGUAACCACCCGCUUGUUUCUCGUUUCUUAAAGGGAACAUUUACAACAAGACCAGCCCUACCUAAAUACAGGGAAGUGUGGGAUGUGAACACAGUUCUUGAACAUUUAAAAACUUUACAUCCUGCAGAGUCUUUAUCCCUAAAAUUGUUGUCAUUAAAACUAGUUAUGUUGCUGGCCAUAUUGUCAGGCCAACGCUGCCAGACCAUUCAUGCGUUAACUACAAAGGACAUGAAAGCCUCAAACGACAGAGUAAUGUUUAUCGUAAACGAUUUGUUAAAAACUACCAAACCCGGUAAAGAAUGUACUAAGGUAGAAUUUCUGUCCUUCGAUGAAGACCCUCGAAUCUGUGUGGUGAGUCUGAACGCGAAGGUGCGCACGCAUAUCUCACGUGACUCCUGUUCCAGACCGGUGACUCAUAGAAUCUCAAUCAAACUUCAACCUACAGAAAAACCUCCUGUGUACAAGGGCCCAGACCCUCUCCCAAACAGAUUUAACAUAAAACCAGGAUACUGCUGGGAUGGUGUGAACCGGUUGAAUGGAUUAGAGAAGUGA